ACUAGUCGCAUCACCCAGAGUCAUCCUCGCUUAAUCUCCAACAAACCACUGUCAGCUUAAUUUCAUUUUGUCCCCCUCUCGUCAAAUUCUUAGAACAACAGACGCGAGAACGGCGACCAUCUGUGGCAUGGAGAGAAUUAUUAUGACGGGAGCUUCGCGAUAGUACGACCGUCGGUUUGUUUCUUAUAGCGAUUGUUUCUGAACCCCUGUUGUCGCUGUUUCCGUUAAGGUGGUUUUUAUACGUAUAGUCAACCACAGAUGGAGUUGGGUUUUGAUUUUGAGAGUAAUUAUUUUGACGGUCUUUAAUGAGACCGUCAUUUCACGUCAACUGUGGGACUGGUUGUGGAUGUUUUCUGCUUUGACAGCUCAACGAAACGUGCUCUGGACUGUUGGUUGAAAAGAGACACAGAUUUAUGGUAGAGUUGGAACAUGGUCUUGAUACCAUUACGGUAUUAUCUGUGGUUAUAUUGCUCGAUUGUGCACACACCCGUCCCAUCUCUAACUCUGCGGCUGCAAUUAGCUGUGUACGGCAAACUCUUUACAAAAGAUAAAACGACCGUAAACAACUCGCCAACUAUACAUCUAAAGUUUCUUGGAUGUUGCAGAUUUGAAGAAAGAAAAGAACAUACUGGAAAUAACGAUGCCUAUAGGGAGAUAGACUUGAAAGAAAAGACGGUUAAGAGGGGGGAAUUUAGUUGUUAUCAACAGCGAUCGGGAAGUUCGAUUUUAGCUCAUUCUCUCCCGGGUGUUUUCCCCAGCGGCGGUUUAAGGAGGGCCGUAACAUCCACUUGAGCGCCUUUUAAAUGGUCUGGAGGUAUCUGUGGACGUGUCAGAGCAUCUCUAUCAUCAGAUACUCCGAAUCGAUGUUGCGAGUGCUAUUUAAAACCGUAUGGGGUAAGCUGUGGCUGAGACAGGAACUUCUCACUCCGGUAAUAAUCGCUAGCAAACAGGAACUUGCAGAUUUUUAGGUAAAACACAUACAACAACUGAUAUUUUUUUAAGUAACCUCUACGCCGAGUGUCGUUUAAGUCCGUAUGGGGGUAGGCUGCGCUCAGCAGGAACCUGUUACUCCGGUGUGUUCCGGAUAAAUCACCAGCAACUACCAGAAGAACUAUAACACACUUUUAGGUUGAUAAAACAAAGAUCUAUCUGCGUCAGUGAACUUCUUGAACUCCUUGGAGUUGGGCGGUACUGACAGAGACACCAGAGAGGGUACCACAGACGAAGGAAAACUUUCAACUUUAUUGGUUUAUUUUUUCUGAGAAGGGCAGAAAUGACUUUGCAACAGAGGAAGAUAUUGCUCCUACGUGGUAUUUGCACGGUGAUGUUGUUCAUCGGAAUUGCAUCAGGUCAGUGGGACUGUUACGACCCGAACCGCAAGGAGUACCAGGGUAGUGUAUCUACGGCAUGCACGACCAGUACAGUGGAAUCAGCCUGCAUGGAGUGCCUACAAUGGCAGACUGUGCUAGACAGGAUUGAGAAUCCGUCAUUCAACACGUCUGUUGUAAAAGACAUAAUGGACAAGAACUACUGCCGCUUCUUGAACAAAACUACAGACAUGGCGCCCAAGUGUUUCUUCUAUAACAAAGAGGAGAACUCUACGCUGAUGACAACGUGUUACAUUCCACCGUGUGAUGCGCAUGCUGGGUGUAUGAAGUACGGGAACAGCAGUAGCUACCGUGACGCUGCAAUGUUCACAGCGGGUGGUUACAGAUGUCUGCCAUGGGUCGAUCGUAGCGAUCAGCCCGUCAAUCCAAAGUCAUUCCCCGCUGCUGGUCUUGAGGAGAAUUAUUGCCGAAAUCCAAACAACAGCUCGAAGCCAUGGUGUUAUUAUCUCGAUCAAGACAAUGACACGACCUGGGACUACUGCGACAUUCCCUUUUGCAAUACAGACAGCCUGUCGCAUUUCAACCGUUCAGUCUUCGCCACCCUUGAUCUUUCUCUUGGCCUGCUUGGUAAGCAGCCUUCAAUCAGCAAUGCUGAAGAGUGUGCUAAACAGUGUCUUGAUGAGAGAGAUUUCACCUGCAGGUCCUUCAUCUUCAAUGAGAUUCAGAAGCAUUUCCACCAUCCCGAGGGCCACUGUUACCUGACCAAUCUUAGCGUGUACAUGCUGGAAAUGUACCCAAAACGGAAACACUCCAAACACUAUGACCUCUUCACGCGGCUCGAUACGGUGUGUGACGCGUAUGAAGAGGAGAGUUACCCAGCAUCUUGCCCGAUGCCGCUUGGCAUGGUAUCCGGUGCCAUCAGCAACGACCGAGUGACAGCCUCCUCCUGGUUAGACGACGACCACACACCGGGACACGCCCGUGUGGGUAAUUACUCCUCAUGGCGCCCAGAACCCAGUGACACAUCCCCCUGGCUCGAGAUAGGGUUCAAUGAGAGGAUGCUUAUCACGGGGCUGCUGAUCCAGGGUGGGGGUCAGGAAGAACACAACUGGGUCAAGACUUUGAAUCUACGAUUUGGAAACGACUACUCGUGGUUCUGGACCUACAACGAGUAUAGGAAACUGGAGAUCAGGCCAGCUGAAAUCAAAGCAAAUGGUGAACCGAGCUGUAUAAAGCCGAUUUACCUCGACCCACCCAUCAGAGCUCGAUAUCUGGAGAUCAGCCCGAAGGAGUAUUACGGAGCGAUUUCACUGCGUGUAGAAGUACUCGGAUGUCGAGAUAAUGAUUGCGACCUUGCGGCUGGUCUAGCACGAGGAGAUAUCCAUAGUAGCGAGAUAACAGCCUCAUCCAGCGUGGGGGACGACAAGGGAAAACACGGCCCAUCCAGAGCCAGACUCAACCCCUUUGGAGCCCCAAAAUCAGGCUGGAUGCCGUCUAUGUCAGACGCCGCCCCGUGGUUGCAAGUCUUCCUCCCCUCUGUUUACCAAAUAACAGGUGUCAUCACACAGGGCUGUGGCAACAUUGACGGCUGGACAGCAGACUACACCAUCAAGUAUUCCCAAAAUAGGAGCUUGGACUAUCUCACGGAUUACGCGGCUAUGGGGAACAUCAAGGUGUUUCCUGGGAACAAGGAUCGCAAUACUGCCGUGAGGAACGACUUACACCCACCCAUCCACGCUAAGGUGUUAAGAAUCUACCCGAGGAAGUCACCACUGAGGGAUGUAUGCCUAAGGCUCGAGCUAAUCGGCUGCAAAUAUAGAGCAUGUGGACGUCGACUUGGCAUGGAGUCCGGCUUUAUCAACGCAACGCAGAUAUCAGAGUCGUCGAAGUAUACCGGACAAGAUAGCAACGUGGGGCGACUACACCACGUUGACUGCUGGAAACCAAACGGCAUAGGGGAUAAACAUUGGAUUCAGGUGGACCUACUUGAACUUUACACGAUAACGGGUCUGAUCACACAGGGCGGAUACUACGAUGCCCUCCUUGGGGAUCAAGACAUGUAUUAUUGGCCAGAUAGCUACAGGAUUCUCUACACCAGCUGGAGUAAUCACAGCGAUUGGAGGUCUUAUUACAACAUAGAGGGCGACGUCAUGGAUUUCCCAGCCUACCCUGAUCCGCAUACAGAAACGAGACAUGAUUUCGACAGGCCGUUCAUCACACGUAAACUCCGGAUUAACCCUAAGUCAUGGAGGGGGUACUGCCUCCGAUUGGAGAUCCUCGGCUGCGUGCUUUCAGAGGGCCAAGUUUGCGGCGAGUCAUCCCUACGUCACGACGGCUACUGCGUGGGAUCCGUCAACACGCAAUCCAACGGGUCGUGUGACGUCAUCUUUGCCGAGAAGAGCCAACCGAUCACGGUCAACUCGCUGGCCACCCAGCGGUGGAUGGCGGCAAAGCGGGACGAUAUCAAAGUGAACGACCGCCACUAUCAGUAUAAGAUUGGCCUGAAGACCAAGCCAGGGGAGGAGGAGUUUUCCUGGGCGGACGGUACGCCGAUGACGUACAACAACUUCAGGUGGCCAACGAAUAUCACUAACAACGCCAGCGAGUGGUGUGUGUACAUUGAUAUGAAUGACGAUUUGAAAUGGCGGGAGUUUGAGUGCAAGAAUGACGCUGUACCUCGGGCAACAAUAUGCGAGCUAGACAUCAAUGAGUGUAGAGCAAACAGCCAGGAAUGCUCCCAUACAUGCUACAACUUCCCCGGUGGGUUUCAGUGUCUGUGCCCAAGAGGUUUCCGUCUAGACAACAUGAAUGACGUCACAUGUACAACACUUUGUGACGACGUACCACCGCCUAGAGAGCCGGCUAAUUCUUCUUCUCUUGACUGUACGGACCCAACAGCACCGGGGUGCUUUGUCCCUCAGUUUGAUUUUGGGUGGGACUUUCUGAACCCAUGGCAGAGCCUGGCGGGCCAUGACGAGGGUGAUACCGGCCCUACUAAACUACCAGCUGGGUCACUCGUCGACGAGAGUGUAUGCACAAACGCUGGCGACGUAAGAUGUGAGGAGAUGUGGGCAAGGGGUGUGCAGCUUGAAUACGUGUACGAGCAGCAUGGCUACAUCCACUCGUUGAGUUUCCCGCCUUGGUAUAAUCAGGGCUCAAAGUGUGAAAUCAAUAUCCAGUUACAGCCAGGGAGACUCGUCAGGUUAGAGAUUCACGAGAUGGUGCUCCGUAGACAGCCGCGCACCUCGCGUUGCAUUGACGUCCUCAACGUCACAGACCACCUGACACCUUACAACUCCAUGUCACGUGGUUCGUUCUGCGGGGAGCUGCAAAGCUUGGUGAUCAUCUCUCGCUCCAACAACGUGACGUUGAGACUGGACAUCGGCGCCAUCGGGCAAGACAUGCCCAAGAAACUCGGCUUUAUGGCGUCUUACAAGUCAACGGAUUGCACAGCACCAAACGACGAGUGCGACCCAGGGUGUGGGAAGAAAGACGUAAUGACGUCAUCAAGGGGAAACUUCUCUACCAAUGACUUCCCGUCCCGAUUGCCCCCGUUCUCCAUCUGCGUCUGGAACAUUAGUCUGCCCACCGGGUCGUACAUCGCCCUCAAUUUCUCGCAGUUUAUCGUCUCCCGAACUGAGGACAAGACGGGGUGUGCUGACUACUUACAGAUAUUUGUAGGAGGCGGGACCGGUAGUGGUUGGUAUGAUAAAUCCGAUGGAGGGCAUGCUAUUUGUGGCUCCACGCCCUCACUCAUCGUAUCUAACUCCUCAUCAAUUCAAGUGGUAUUCCGUACGGGACUGGAUUCCAAAUCGCUUGGUUUCCAAGCUCAAUACGAAAGUAGAGACAUCCCAGGCUGCGGUAUAGGGUACUACACCGGCGAAGGUAUCCAACUGUGCGACAUGUCAGAGGCCGCCAUAGCAUCCGUCAACUACCCCGAGCCCUACCUCGCUGGUACGUCCUCAGUGUGGCACAUCAUCACGCGCACUGGUACCUACAUCGAACUAGAGUUCGUUGCUUUCGACGUACCGGAUCCGUACGGUAUUUCCAAUGUACAGAUCAGCGACGGACCACCAGGCGCUAGGGUAGAGAGGCUCCUGGCGAAACUGACCAAUGAGAACCCGCCACGUGGACCAAUCAGAUCCAGUUUUAACGAGAUGACGUUGCGGUUCCGUGGAGACGGGUCUGUGGCUGGGAACGGGUUUUAUGCCGAGUAUAGGGCCACGACGUUUAUACCAGAGGUUGAUUUGGAUAUCCAUGGUGGCAUUGCUGAUGCCUGCGGUGCUAAGUGGUCAUCCUACAAUGGACACUGCUACACGUUCAGAGAGGCCAAUCAAUCCAUCAGGUGGACUGACGCUCAGCGUCUAUGCACAAUAGAGGGCGCUCACCUCGUUAGCAUCAAUGACUUCGCUGAGAUGAACUUUAUUCAUCGUCUGAUGACGUCAGAGUGGCUGACGAACACGUCAAGUACAUAUAUAGGUUUAACAUACGAUACCAAACAUCAGCAGCAUCGUUGGGUAGAUGGUAGCCCACUGAGCUACGCUGAUUGGUUUGUCCCACGAACAACAGGUCAAUUGCCACGAAUGAUGGCUCCAUCUUUCACGAUGGCCCCACAACCGGAUGGUGGCGCUCUUGAAAGAUGCUCUCAGAUUAUCCUACGUGAUUUACACUCGACGAGCCACUGGCAUGACGUGCCGUGUGCUUCAACCAACUCCAACCAGUUCAUCUGUGAAAAAGUCGCCAUUUCCAGAGGCGAUACAACGACGGAACCUGCUCCACUUCUACAAGGGCCAUCGACAGCAGUUUGCCAAAGUCAUUGGAGCCUACUCCACGGUCGCUACUGCGUCAAGGUACUGGUCAACCGGAGUACCGCCUUUCUGAACCGCUGCCCGACCAACUCGACCCUCGCCACUGCGCUCGAUGCAGGCAUUGCCACCAAGCUCCCGUUCUUGCUCAAACACGUGUGGGGUAUAAACCCAGACGUGCUCACAAGGUUUCUGAUUGGACCACGUGGUCACGGUGAAGACACGGUUUAUGACGUCAUGACGUUCUUGGAUGGUGAUUGGAUACAAGUUCGUGAGCAGGUGGAUCAAGGCGUGGAUGGAGCUAUUUGCGCCAUGAUGGCGACAGUGGAAACCCCCACAUGUGCCAGUGGUAUGUUCAGUUGCGGGUCCGGGGAGUGCAUCCAUCUUGUCUACGUUUGUGAUUAUCGCAACGACUGUACGGACGGUAGCGAUGAAGUAGCCUGCAGCAAUGCCAUAGGAAUGUUUGGAUACACGUGUUCCGAUACGAGUUUUCGUUGCCUCUCCGGUGAAUGCAUCUCACUUUCCUUCUACUGUGAUUUCUUUCCUCAUUGUGACGAUGGGUCGGAUGAAGCAAGUUGUAGCAUAGUUGAAUGCACAGACUCGCAGUUUCGCUGUGACAGUGGUCAGUGCAUCAGCUUAGCUCUCCAUUGUAAUCUAGUACCAGACUGCAUGGACCAAUCUGACGAAUUGAAUUGCGCGGCAGUGCAUGGUGGAUUCCAGUGCUAUGAUGGGGCGUGGCUGCCUGACCACACCCACUGUGAUGGAACAAAGGACUGUCCAGGGAACAGUAGAGAAGAUGAACCCACCAACAAAUGUGAGUUUUUCCAGUGUGGUUCAGACCAAAGUCUGAUCCAGUGCAACAACGGCGCAUGCGCCGACAGGAAACACAUUUGCAUAUACGACUUCGAUCAGUACGGCUAUCAGACGGGAUGCCGUGACGUCACACAUCUACGUUUCUGUGAUGAGUUCGAGUGCAGCAAUAACACAUUCAAAUGUCCGGGGUCGUACUGUGUGCCCCUGCACCGGCGAUGCGACCUGACGGAGGACUGCCCUGGGGGUGAAGACGAGCUCGGAUGCGGUAACUUUACAUGUUCUGGGCAAUACCAAUGUCACAAAUCCAAUGUCUGCGUAACGCAUGCAGAGGUAUGUGAUGGUGUCAAGCACUGCCCAUCUGGGGACGAUGAACUAUUCUGCGAAGCUGAGUGCCCAGCCGGGUGUUUAUGUUCCGGUCUCUCGUACGUCUGUAAAGGUAUCACGUGGAACAAGGACACGGUCCGUGGAAUACCGGUAAACAUUCGCAAACUGGAACUGAGUGGUAUUUUUGCCGAGCACAGACAUCGGAGGGAGGCAUUGCUUAAUUACAACAUAUCCCUGGAGUAUACGUUGAUAUUGCGUCUGGAAGAGCUUCAACAACUAGCUGAAUUAGAUCUUUCCGGUAAUAACAUUGGUGAGCUGAAACCAGGGAUGUUCAGGAAUCAGAAGAAUUUGUAUAAACUAGUUCUGGCGAACAACAAUAUCACGAAGCUUAAAAAUGGAACCUUUGAGGGACUUCGACGUUUACAAUUUCUAAAUUUAACGGGCAAUCCACUGGUCGAAAUAGAGUCAGGAGCUUUCUCUGACGUCAUCGCACUGCCUGUUUUGGAUCUUGGAGGGCUGAAUUUAACUUAUUUACAAAAUGGUGUCUUCAAGGGAUUGGACGCCUUGCAAACACUAGACGUAAGCAACAACAGUGAGUUGACUGUUGUCGACAGUGGAGCUUUUGACGGACUUCGGAUGACAAAUAUACUGGAUAUUCGUGGGACAACAAUACGCAAGGUGGACCCCAAUAUGUUUGAUGGCCUGGCUAGCCUGCAGACACUGUAUGCAGACAAGUACCUCUUCUGCUGCCUCCUGGACGAGACCGACACCUGUGUGGCUCCAAUCGACGAGUUCUCCUCCUGUGAGGACCUCAUGAGGAACCCCAUCCUUCGAGUCUUCAUCUGGAUCCUAGGGUUUAGCGCCCUCAUCGGCAAUGCCUUUGUCAUCAUCUGGCGAGUCCGGAGCAAGGAUCGUGAGCAGUCCAAGAAGAUACAAACCUUCCUGAUUCUCAACCUGGCCGUAGCGGACCUCCUGAUGGGGGUUUAUAUGAUCAUUAUUGCCAGUGCUGAUCUUCACUACCGGAGUGGAUAUAUGAUCCAUGCUGAGGAGUGGCAGGAGAGCAUCGUGUGCCAAAUGGCUGGCUUUAUAUCCGUCCUCUCCAGCGAGGCCUCGGUCUUUCUCCUCGUUCUCAUCACAACCGACCGGUUCCUCGGGGUCGUGUUCCCCUUCAGCAUCUGGCGUCUUCACACCAAGUCAGCCCGUUACGCCGCGGCCGUCCUCUGGCUGCUCGCCCUGUUCCUCAGCCUACUCCCAGUGGUGCUCCGGCCGGUGUUUGUGGCGCGGUUCUACGGACGGUCAAGCGUGUGCCUCGCGCUGCCGUUCACACGGACGAAGCAACCGGGCUGGCAGUACUCGGUCGUGCUGUUCCUCGGUGUCAACCUCCUGGGCUUUUUGGUUAUCUUCUUAUGUUACUUUUCCAUGUAUAUUGCCAUCAAGAGGGCUUCCAAACAGUGCACGAGAAAACGCGAGACGAUGGAAGAGAUCAAGAUGGCGACCAAAAUGGGCAUUAUAGUUGGCACUGAUUUCCUUUGUUGGAUGCCGAUCAUCACAAUGGGUCUAUUGUCCCUGUCAGGGAAGACGACUAUACCACAGGAGAUGUACGCCUGGGCAGCUGUGUUUAUGCUACCGGUCAACUCUGCUGCAAACCCGUACCUUUACACUAUCUCAAGUCUCGACAGGACAAGGAAAAAAACUAGGACGUCAACAUCAUCGCCAACAUGGCGGACAGAAUGCACGCGUGACGUCAGUGUUGAUUUCGAGAUGGUGAAAUACGCAAAAGUUGACGGCAACUUGAAAGAAAACCAAACUCUGAUGUCCACGGUCUUCACGGAGCAGACUGAGAACCGGGUCUUGCCCCUGAUGGGUACCCGUGGUCAUGCCUUCAUGCUACGGCAGUACAUCGCCACGAUGAAGACCCCUCUCGGUGUUUCGGCCGUAGCUGCUAUCGAGAAUGAUUUAAGGAGGGCCCUGGAUUUCUUGCAUAAAAACGGCAUCGCACACGGACAGGUGGACGAGGAUUUUGUGGCAGUUGAUAAGGAAAAGAAAGAAGGACGCAUUGCAUUUCUUGUCAUGCGCGGAGAGCCACUUGAUUUAGAGGACAGGAAUGGGGGUGGGACGCCCUCUUCGGCCGAUGAUGAGGUACCACUGCUUCGUCGAGACAACCGACAGCUUGAUGAACUACUCGCAAGGCUCAGGGGAUCGCACUGAGGGACGGUUACAACAGUACAAUUUCGAAAUCCUUCAGAACGCACGUGCGUGGAAGUCUCGCCGGUUGAAGCAGAAAAACAAUGCUUAAUAAAACCUACAUCUAUGAUUGUUUGCACGGACUUGUAGGUCACCUGAAGUCAACUUUGUGACCAGGAGAUUAGACUACAAAAGAGGCGUUUAGAUGUUUUAAUAUGACAGAACAAUCAGUAACGUGGUGGGCAAUGUGUAACAAACUAACAACACAAACACAAAAAUCCACCAGUCACGUGUAACCAUCAAAGCUGAAGAAAGAUUAAACGAUUAGAUCAUGAAUGUGUGUCGCAAAAAAAGGAUCAUAAAUGAAGUCCAGACCACACGUGCUUCUUGCGAUAUGAAGUUCUUGCCGGGUAAAGUCCAGGCUGAAUAUGGCUUGAAGAUGAUCAGCAACGACAGAGUGUAAGAAUCCACCCUCUGGUAAUUGGUUGUGACGGUUGGUGUUGACGACCUCGGGAAGUUUUACUCGAGGAAUUGGUUUGUUUUCCAUCUGUCAGUCUUGUGCUUUCAAAGAAUACCCCAUUCAAGAUUGUUUUUCUUUUUUAACUGCAGAUAUAGUAGUGACGACAUAAUUAACGGGCUUUGAAGUCGUUUAGGGCUUGCCCAAUGGUAACUUUCUGCUGAUGAGGAGGAUUACAAGGGGAGGCGGUGGGAUGUUUUUUUUUUAUAUGACAAACAAUCAAUACCGGGAUGGGCAACGUGUAACUAAAAUAACAUCCCAACAAAAAUCCACCCGCCUGUAUAACCAAAGGAUGGAACAAAAGUAUUUUCGUGUAUAGUAACCAAGCUUGUUCCAUAAUAUUGCACAGAAAGUCAUAUUAAGGGAAGUUGUACUUUUUGAAAAUGCUAUAUUUUUGGAGAAGAUGGAUGUAGGAUUUAAUUUGAUAGGCCUAUAUCUGUUUGUCUGUCUUGUGUGUUAACUGCCGAGAAAAACGAGAGCAAAUAGUAACGAUUUAAGCACUCAGUAAUAACUCACACUCAAACGGUGGUCGGCCAGAGUAUAGUUGCAAUUUUUCUCUAAAACGGAAUGACACCUGGUGAAACGAUAAUCACUAAAUCCUCGAGAAUAAUCUACUUUCAACAAGUUAUCUUCGUAGUAACUUUGAAGUUUUGUUCUUCUUUUCAAUUUCUUUUCAAUUCCUGCAAAUGAUGUAAAUACAGAAAUACUUUAUGAACUUCUUUGAGAUUAAACAUUGGGACCGAACUCCUGGCUCGAAAUUUUAUGAAGCUUGUGAAUUGGAAAAAGAAGACGAAAAAAAAAACCAAUUUUAUUGACGUGCUUUUGUUUACCGUCCAGCUUUACAGCGUGAUUUGUACGCAAACAUUGAGCUGUUGUUCAAAGUUUCAAAAAGUUUCAAAACGUUGUAUUUGUUUUGUGUGCAUGGUUAUCUAAAAAUGAUGAACCUUAUGCCACAUCAAUAUAUAAUUAUCACAGUUAAAAGCAAGUUUGUUUUGGUCUGAUGCAAUCCGUGCAACCGCCGACUACAGCAAAACAUGAUGACGGUCUGGUCCCCUCCUAACGGUGAAUCGGAAUAAUGUUGUAGAUGAUGAGAAAGAAGACUGCUCAGAUUUGGCGCCAAAAGAAUUGUGAGGUAUGCGAAAUGAGCGUGGCAAUUAUUGGGAUAGGUGAAUAUGAGUGGAGACGAAUGAGAGGUGAUAUAGCUAGGUUUGAGAGUGAUUUGUUUCACUGUGUCGGGUGUUAUAAUAAGAAGUGGCGUGUCCAAGAAGCAAAGACAAACACUCUGAGAGAACAUGGGGCUACCAAAACACCAGACUACAAACGAGAGACGAGGGGAGUGGUGAUAGAGUAACUAAUUUCUUAAAAUACUCUUUCAUAUAGUUUAUAGUUUUGUUAAUGUGUAUAGCACAUGAGGCUUGAAGCAGGACACGUGUAUUUGGUCUUAACCAAUAGCAAAACCCUGAAAACAUGAUCUUCGGACCGUUGACAUUUCCACGGCUUAUAAGCCUACAGUGUAGAGAAUGAAAAACAAAUUUUCUAUUAUGAGAGAGACACGGGGGAGGGUAGUCAUAGGUAUCUUGUGCGAAAUGAAAGGGGUGAAGAUUAUGAUAGAAUAAGUGAUGAUACAAAAGAUGACUAUGACGAUGAUGAUGAUGGUUAUGAUUACGGUGGGGGGGGGGAUGGUGAUGACGAUGAUGAUUUGAUGAUUACGACGGGGGGUGGGAGGUGAUGAUUUCACUGGUGUUAUUUCAACACCACAUUGUGUUAACUUUGACUCUGUCUUGAUGUGUGUUUGACGUAACCAAUGGUGUCAAUGUUAAACCUCAGUGUAGUGUAAUGUUGUUGAUGACGCUGAUGAUGAUGGAGCAAUAAAAAGGCGAUGAGAACAUGUGCGUUCUGUUGGGGACCAGACCCGAGACUAAGAGUGAAGGGGACAGGAACCCGUCCAACAAACAAACUCAUAACGAGAUUCCAUUCAGUUCUAACGAUAAUAUACAAGUACAAAUCUUAUGUUGACAUGCUCUAGGGCGCUGAACAAAAGGCACCAGUAAAAAACUUAGCGGGUACAGUCAUUGUAUGGACAAAAUAUAAACAGAGACCGAAUUAUAACAAUAGAAUAUGAUUGCCAAUCAUGUUGGGAUAUCAUUAGAUACACAGAUAUCUGGUGCCGGGUAAGGAAGACAACUUUCAUAUUUUGCAAGAGGAAAAACCCCCAACACAAACCAACAAUCGACGAUUGGUCGUAAUGAUUCCCCAAGACAGAGAAAGUAUUUUUUUUUUUUUUUUCGCAAUCAUUGAUAUUACACGUUUGGCAAUGACUCUGAAAAUGAAUAAUACAAAAUUCACAACAACUUUGGCUAGUAUAAAUGCAUUUUGAGAAAACUUUCACUUCAAAGUAUGCGGUUAUGGAAAAAGAUAUAUGUUUUAAUUUUUGUACUCCGAAUUUUUGUAAUCAAGCGCGACUAUUGUUUCACCGACUGUGUAUUCCAGUGUGCGAAUGAUUUUCGGCAAAAUCACAAAAAUGCUACCACAUUUUGAAAUGUGUUUGACGGUAUAUAUUUACAGCCAUGUAGAAUUGACACAAACAGUGGGAUCCCAUUUUAAUAACAACAGGUUUUAAGAAAUGCUCCCCAUAGAAAACUAUAUCACAGCGCUUACAAAAACUAAAAUUGCACAAUUAACAGCAAAAUCUUAUCGGAAAAGCUACAUCUACACAAUUAUUUGAAAAGCAUGAGAAAAAGAGAAAAGCUUAAACAGGGAAAAGAUAAGUUUUUAGACGUUUUUUUAAUGUGUCUAUGGAUUUUGCGGCUAUAACGUACCAACGUUUCCCAUAACGUACGCAAUCCCUAACGUUUUUCUGGGUAUAGUACUGGGCUUGUUUGAUAAUUGCAAGAAAAAGAUCGAAAAACUAAUGAAUAAAAUUAGCCUUUUUACUUACAAUCUGAUCUUUAUCAACGUUCACAAGUUUUUUAAAUCGUAGUUGUUGUCAGAAUUUAUUGUUAUCAUCGUUUGACGAAGUUGUCAUUAUUUAGUUCUCAAUCAAAAUUGAAGAAGUACUCUGUUAUUUUUGUAUGUUUGCCAGUUAGACUAUCACAGUUUACUUGGCAGUUGUUUACUGUUGUCACGAUAUUAUGCAUGAAUGUUUGUAAAUGCUCAUACAAAAAUGAGUUAUAAAUAUUAUUUCACUUCUUUUGAUAAUUAAUUAUGCAAACAAAUAAAAACAGUUUUGUAAAUAAUGUACAACGCGGAUUACGAAUUACUAAAUACAUGUAUUUACAAUAACACGU